GCCGGCUGGGCUUGGGGCGCGCGGGAGGGAGAGGGCCGGUCCUGACAGAGCGCCCUGGAGCGCGAGGGCCUGAGCGGCGUCGCCCGCCGCCUGCGGCCCUCUCUGCCCGCGCUCGGCCGCAGCCACCUCAUCUGUGCCUGGGCCGGCUGGGGCCCGGGGAAACGUUUUUUUUAGGUGACGGUCUUCCUCUCCUUACAAUUGUUGGCCGAGAAAGAACUGGAAACAAGAUGUAACUUGGUGGUGGCAGUGCUUAGCCAUGAAGAUGUACCCACAUACAGUUAGAGUUAUUCAAUGUCCAGGAAUCAGAAGACAUGUAUUUGCAUCUCUGGUUUUGCCAUUUCUUAGUUGACUUGACUUUCACUGAGUAUGUUUCUUCAUCAGUAAAAUUGAGGUAUUUUUUUUACCACCUGUGGAAACUUUGUAAUUCAUUUUUCCUCACUGAAAUAUUAAGAAUUAUACCAAAUUGAAAAGAUAUGAAUGAGUAUCCUAAAAAAAGAAAAAGGAAGACUUUACACCCUUCUCGUUAUUCAGAUUCCUCUGGAAUAAGCAGAAUUGCAGAUGGAUUCAAUGGGAUUUUUUCUGAUCAUUGUUACAGUGUCUGCUCUAUGAGACAGCCAGACUUAAAAUAUUUUGACAACAAAGAUGAUGAUUCUGAUACCGAGACAUCAAAUGACUUGCCAAAAUUUGCAGAUGGAAUCAAGGCCAGAAACAGAAAUCAGAACUAUCUGGUUCCCAGUCCUGUGCUUAGAAUUAUAGACCACACUGCCUUUUCUGCAGAAAAAUCUGCUGAUGUAGAAAUUUGUGAUGAAGAGUGUGAUUCACCCGAAUCAAUCAACCAGCAAACUCAAGAGGAGAGUCCUAUAGAAGUUCACACCGCUGAAGAUGUCCCCAUUGCUGUAGAAGUGCAUGCCAUUUCUGAGGAUUAUGACAUAGAGACAGAAAACAAUUCCUCUGAGAGCCUCCAAGACCAAACUGAUGAAGAACCACCAGCUAAGCUUUGUAAAAUUCUUGACAAGAGCCAAGCUUUGAAUGUGACUGCUCAGCAGAAAUGGCCUUUACUGAGAGCUAAUAGCAGUGGCCUCUAUAAAUGUGAACUUUGUGAAUUCAAUAGUAAAUAUUUUUCUGAUUUAAAACAGCAUAUGAUCCUGAAGCAUAAACGUACCGAUUCAAAUGUGUGUCGAGUAUGUAAGGAAAGCUUCUCUACCAAUAUGCUUCUGAUUGAACAUGCCAAACUACACGAAGAAGAUCCCUACAUUUGUAAAUACUGCGAUUACAGGACAGUAAUUUUUGAGAACCUCAGCCAGCACAUUGCAGACACCCACUUUAGUGAUCACCUGUAUUGGUGUGAGCAGUGUGACGUGCAGUUCUCCUCAAGCAGCGAACUCUACCUGCAUUUCCAGGAGCACAGCUGUGAUGAACAGUACUUGUGUCAGUUCUGUGAACAUGAAACAAAUGAUCCAGAAGACUUGCAUAGCCAUGUUGUAAAUGAGCAUGCGUGUAAAUUAAUAGAACUAAGCGAUAAGUAUAACAAUGGAGAACACGGACAAUACAGCCUCUUAAGCAAAAUUACCUUUGACAAAUGUAAGAACUUCUUUGUGUGUCAAGUAUGUGGUUUUCGGAGUAGACUUCAUACAAAUGUUAACAGGCAUGUUGCUAUUGAACAUACUAAAAUAUUUCCUCAUGUUUGUGAUGACUGUGGGAAAGGCUUUUCAAGUAUGCUAGAAUAUUGCAAGCAUUUAAAUUCACAUCUAUCUGAAGGGAUUUAUUUAUGUCAAUAUUGCGAAUAUUCAACAGGACAGAUUGAAGAUCUUAAAAUUCAUCUAGAUUUCAAGCAUUCGGCUGACUUGCCUCAUAAAUGUAGUGACUGCUUGAUGAGGUUUGGAAAUGAAAGGGAAUUAAUAAGUCACCUUCCAGUCCAUGAAACAACUUGAUUAUUCUCUUUAUUUUGAUUUACAUAAUGUUUUUGUGAAAUAAUAAAUUCAACCUUUUUUUUUU